AUGCCUCCGACCUCCACUCCGGCUGGUAAGAAGCAGCAAUCCUUGACUUCAUUCUUCACGCCAAAGACAGCCUCGAGUCCCAAACAGCCCGCAUCGACCCAGUCCCCGACUCCCAGCAAGCCGCCCCGACCGGCUGCAGCUCCGGCGGCCCCUUUGGAACGUAAGCGAUCCAUUGAUGAGUUCGCCGACAAAGAGAACCAUGAUCUAGAUCGAGAAUCCAAAAAGCCAAAGACGUCCACCGUCUCCGAGUCCAGUGGCGAUGUCCUUCCCGCCGUGCAAACGCCGGUCUCUGCGCGCGCGCAGCGCUACUCGUACAGCGCAGCGCCGACAAGCACAGACCAGACAGAAGCCGACGGUGCUGACGAGGAUGAGGCAACAAGGAAGAAAUACGCAGAGCUGCAUACAAAAUUUGUCAAGAAGCUUGGCCAUCCCGAUGCCAUGAACUGGAGAGCACGGCUUGCCCAAGAUCAUGCGACGGAAGAAAACGAGGAUGGCGGUGGUGAAGAAGACGACAUGCCGGCAACAAAGUCGAAAAAGAAGGGCUCAAAAACCGGAAAGCUCACGCCAAUGGAGCUUCAAUUUCUAGAGAUCAAGCGCAAGCAUCUAGAUACAAUCCUCAUCGUGGAAGUCGGGUACAAAUUCCGCUUCUUUGGCGAGGACGCGCGCAUCGCCGCCAAAGAGCUUAGCAUCGUCUGCAUACCUGGAAAAAUGCGGUAUGACGAGCACCCCUCCGAGGCCCAUCUUGACCGGUUCGCCUCCGCCAGCAUCCCCGUCCACCGACUUCCGGUCCACGCUCGCCGCCUCGUCGCCGCGGGCCACAAGGUCGGCGUCGUCCGCCAAGUCGAGACGGCAGCGCUGAAGAAAGUCGGCGACAAUCGAAACGCACCCUUUACCCGCAAGCUCACCAAUCUCUACACCAAAGGCACCUAUAUUGACGAGAAUGGCGACUUGGAACAAACCACCACAGGCGGCAAUGCAUCCUCCUCUGGUGGCUACCUUCUCUGCAUCACGGAAUCCAAAGCCAAGGGCUCGGGCACCGACGAAAAGGUCGACGUUGGUAUCCUCGCCGUGCAGCCCGCCACGGGCGACAUUAUAUACGACACUUUCGACGAUGGCUUUAUGCGCAGCGAGAUUGAGACGAGACUGCUGCACAUCUCGCCAUGCGAGUUUGUCAUUGUCGGCGACCUCACAAAGACAACCGACAAGCUGAUACAGCAUCUUGCCGGCAGCAGCACCAAUGUCUUUGGCGAUCGCAGCCGCGUCGAGCGUGUUCCCCGGACGCAAACCAUGGCCGCGGAAGCCGCCUCGCACGUCACCCAAUUCUACGCCGAGAAGUUAAAAGAAGCCUCAAAUUCUCAGAAUGAGCAGUCGUCCUCAUUGCUGGAAAAGGUCCUUCAACUGCCAGAGCCCGUCACAAUCUGUCUUUCUGCCAUGAUUACUCAUCUGACAGAAUACGGCCUCGAGCACAUCUUUGACCUCACCAAACAUUUUGAGAGCUUCAGCACGCGCUCGCACAUGCUCGUCAACGGCACCACUCUCGAGUCUCUCGAGGUUUACCGCAACUCGACCGACCACACCGAGCGCGGCAGCCUCUUCUGGGCCAUUGACAAGACGCGCACGCGCUUCGGCCGCCGCCUGUUGCGCAAGUGGAUCGGCCGGCCGCUCCUCAACCAGGAGCGCCUCGAGGAACGCCUCGCCGCCGUGCAGGAGCUCCACGACAAGCAGUCCACGGCUCCCGUCGACGAUCUGGAACGACUACUCGCCAAGACGCGUACCGACCUGGAGCGCAGCCUCAUCCGCAUCUACUACGGCAAGUGCACACGGCCGGAGUUGCUCUCCGUCCUGCAGGCCCUCCAGCAAAUAUCCAGUCACUACGUCCGCGUCAAGCGGCCCCAGGACGUGGGUUUUGACGCGCCGCUGCUCGUCGACGCUGUUCUCGCCCUGCCGCAGAUCCUCGAUCUCGUCGUCUCGUACCUCGAUCGCAUCAACCUCGACGCCGCGCGCAAGGACGACAAAUAUGGCUUCUUCCGCGACGAGCACCAGACCGACGACAUGCAGGACCACCAGAUGGGCAUCGCCCACGUCGAGCACCAGCUCGACCAGCACCGCGCUGUCGCCGCCGAUAAGCUCCAGCGCAAGAAACCCGUCGACUAUGUCACCGUUGCCGGCAUCGAGUUCCUCAUCGAGGUGCCCAAUACUGACAUCAAGCGUGUGCCCGCGUCCUGGGCCAAAAUCUCGGGCACCAAAAAGGUCUCCCGCUUCCACACCCCCGACGUCGUUCAGCUCAUUGCUGAGCGCGACCAGCACCGCGAGGCCCUCGCCGCCGCUUGCGACACCGCCUUCAAAGAUCUCCUCGCCUCCCUCGCCGCCGCCUACCAGCCACUGCGCGAUGCCGUCUCCGCCCUCGCCACCCUCGACUGCCUGCUCUCCCUCGCCCGCGUCGCCGCUCAGCCCGGCUACACGCGUCCGCGUCUCCUCCCGGUCUCGGCCCCGCCCACUGUCUCCAUCACCAAUGGCCGCCACCCCAUGGCCGAGCAGACCCUCCCCGGCGGCUACAUCCCCUUCUCCGCGACCCUCGCCCAUCCCGCGCCCCUUGCCCACCUCGUUACCGGCCCCAACAUGGGCGGCAAGUCGUCCUUUGUACGCGCCCUUGCCCUUCUCGUCCUCCUCGCCCAGGUCGGCUCCUUUGUCCCCGCCGACGCCCUCGAAAUGACCCUCUGCGACGCCGUCCACACCCGCGCCGGCGCUCGCGAUAAUCUCUUCGCCAGCGAGUCCACCUUCAUGGUCGAGGUCUCCGAGACGGCCCGUAUCCUCCGCGCCGCUACCCCCCGCAGCCUCGUUAUCCUCGACGAGCUUGGCCGGGGCACAAGCACCCACGACGGCGCCGCCAUUGCCCACGCGGUCCUGCACCACGUUGUUACUGAAACUCGCUGCCUCACACUCUUCAUCACCCACUAUCAAAAUCUCGCCCGCGUCGCUGACGGCCUCGAGGGGCUGACCAAUGUCCACAUGAAGUUCAAGGCGGACAAGGGUCCAGACGGGGACGAGGAGAUUACUUUCCUCUAUGAAGUUGGUGAGGGCGUCGCGCACCGCUCAUAUGGACUCAACGUGGCUCGGCUGGCGCACAUUCCCAAAAAGGUUAUUGGCGUGGCGGCGGAAAAGUCAAAUGCCAUGGAGAGCGAGAUGCGCAUGCGACGUCUCAAGGGAGCAUGUCGCAUGCUGGUCGAUGCUAUCGGUGACGGUCCAGAUCAACUCGAUAAUCUGGUUGCUAGCAUAGAUCAGCUGUAA